AGGCUUGCCUCAGGCCUGGCAGGAGUGCAGAGCUUGUGGAAAUACUGUGAAAGCAGAAGAUUGCAGCCCCUGGUUUCCACAAUGACCGCUACAUUUACUCCCGUGUUUCACCCCGGUUUUUACAAKGAGCUAAGGAAGAGGAUGCUGCGCACCCGCCCGGUUGGCGCUGCCGCUGCCGGGAGCUUCUGCUCUCUGGCCGGUCACUGAAACUGCAGGAGGGCUCCAGCCCCGAGCAAAGGCUCCGUCCGGCCCCUCUCCCCGCCGCUCCCGGCCGGAGCUUCCCCUGGAACUGACCGGGMUGCAGCAGCYACUGCCCAUCCUCAGCAGCCGGCUCCUUACAGCCUCCUCUUCUCCCGGCGGCAUCAAGAGCUGUUAUUGCUGCUAAGCAACAGAGAAGGAUUCCUGGACUUGUCGGUGUUCCCAAGGCUACUGGGAUAAUAGGGUGACGGUGGCUCCUAACAAGGGGCAGUGCCCCCCCGAUCGGUGUCACCAGCUGUGCUGAUAUAAAAGAGAGGAUGCUCACUCUAUGGGGAGCUGCUGGUGUGCCCUCUCCUGGCUGCUCAGGCAGACAAGCAGUUUGGCGUUAUCUCUGUGAUAACUUGUAAUUCCAGCCUGGGCAGGCAAUCCUCACAAUUCCAGUUCAAAAGUGARUCGUCAUGAAUUUGUCUCACCUAAACAACAGAGUUGAGAGCCACUUCAAAGUAGCAGAGGUGCAUGAACUGGAGACAGUGGGGAAGAAAGCUUGGGACAAUCCUGCUUACAAUGGCUCUCCCUCUACCUCUUUGAAAAUUCAAACCAUCUACAACCCCAAGUCUGUCCUGGAGAAUCCCUACGAGAAUUUUGAAGAGGUUGGGGAUCCACUGCCCUACCAGGAAGAGCAGAGCAAAGCAGUGAAUGGGAAGACAAGUCCUUUCCUCAAGUGCUGCUUCUACAUCUUCAGAGGCAUCCGAGGUCUGUGGGGGACUACACUGACUGAGAACACGGCUGAGAACAGGGAGCUUUACGUGAAGACCACCCUGCGAGAGCUGCUGGUCUAUGUUAUGUUCUUGGUGGACAUCUGUCUAUUGACAUAUGGAAUGACAAGUUCCAAUGCCUAUUACUACACCAAAGUGAUGUCUGAGCUCUUCCUGCAGACCUCUACAGAUGGCCGUGUCUCCUUCCAGUCCAUUGGCAGCAUGGCUGACUUCUGGGUGUAUGCACAAGGUCCCCUGCUGGAUAACCUUUACUGGACAAAGUGGUACAACAACGAGUCCCUGGCAGCGCACAGCACCCACUCGUACAUCUACUACGAGAACCUGYUGCUGGGUGUCCCACGUGUGAGACAGCUGAAGGUGAAGAACAACUCCUGUGUGGUCCACGAUGACUUCAAGGAGGAGAUYUCAGGCUGCUAUGAUGUAUACUCCRAAGACAAGGAGGAAAGGGUCUCCUUUGGGCUCAUCAAUGGAACGGCGUGGAGGUACCAUUAUGAGGAGGAGUUGGGUGGUUCAUCUCACUGGGGAAGACUGACCAGUUACAGUGGGGGAGGAUACUACAUAGACCUCAAGAUGACCAGAGAAGAGAGUGCUGAAGCCCUGCAAAUCUUGAAGGAGAAACUGUGGCUGGAUCGGGGAACACGAGUUGUCUUCAUUGAUUUCUCUGUGUAUAAUGCCAAUAUCAAUUUGUUCUGUGUUCUGAGGUUAGUGGUUGAGUUUCCGGCCACUGGUGGUGCCAUUCCCUCCUGGCAAAUCCGGACAGUGAAGCUGAUACGAUACGUCAGCACAUGGGACUUCUUCAUUGUUGCCUGUGAAAUUGUGUUCUGUGUCUUUAUCUUCUACUAUGUGGUGGAAGAGGCUUUGGAGCUCCGUAUCCACAAGCUGCAGUACUUCACCAGCAUCUGGAACAUCCUGGAUGUGGUUGUCAUUCUGCUCUCCAUUGUYGCUAUUGGGUUUCACAUCUUCCGCACCACUGAGGUGAACAGGCUGCUGGGAGAGUUGCUGAAACACCCCRACACCUACGCAGACUUUGAGUUCCUGGCAUUCUGGCAGACACAGUACAACAACAUGAAUGCAGUCAACUUAUUCUUUGCCUGGAUCAAGAUAUUCAAGUACAUUAGCUUUAACAAAACAAUGACCCAGCUCUCCUCCACACUGGCACGUUGUGCCAAGGACAUCCUGGGCUUUGCCAUUAUGUUCUUCAUUGUCUUCUUUGCCUAUGCCCAGCUGGGUUACCUCCUUUUUGGGACACAAGUGGAAAACUUCAGUACCUUUGUUAAAUGCAUUUUCACCCAGUUUCGGAUCAUUCUCGGUGAUUUUGACUACAAUUCMAUUGACAAUGCCAACAGGGUCCUUGGGCCUAUUUACUUUGUCACCUAUGUGUUCUUCGUUUUCUUUGUGCUCCUGAACAUGUUUCUGGCCAUCAUCAAYGACACCUACUCAGAAGUCAAGGAGGAGCUUUCGAGCCAGAAGGAUGAGCUGCAGCUCUCUGACAUCUUGAAGCAGAGUUAUAACCGGACACUCAUGAGGCUGAAGCUGAAGAAGGAGCAAAUUUCUGAUGUUCAGAAAGCCCUGCAGAAUGGAACAAAACAACUAGACUUUGAGGACUUCAAGAACAGCUUGAAGGAACUGGGCCAUGCAGACCAUGAGAUCACAGCAGCUUUCUCCAGAUUUGACAAAGAUGGCAACCUYAUCCUUGAUGAAGAGGAGCAACAGCAGAUGAAGCAUGACCUAGAGGCAAAAAGGGUUGCUCUGAAUACAGAAAUUGAAAAUUUGGGGAAAUCCUAUGGUGACAAKAACCUGGAUGAGAAUCUGACCUACGUGGAAGCAAGGAAUAACCACACCAAUAAGGCCAYCUGGGUCUCCAAAGAAGAGUUCCAAGACCUCCUUCAUCGUGUGCUGCAGCUGGAACAGUCCACAAACAGCAUUGGCUCCAAGAYUGAUGCAGUGGUGAACAAGCUUGAUGUGCCAGAAAGAAAAGAGCUGAAGAGGAAGGAUCUGCUGGGCGAACCACUGGAUGAUGUUAGCAAGGAGGAAGCCAGUCAGGAAGAGCUGCACCCCCRGAGCCUAGACCAGCUGGGGAAUGAAGAAGCAGAAAGUUGGGGGAUGGAAAACGUACAGAGAAACAACCUGAGUGGCAACUCUUCCCAAAAUGGGGUCUAUCACAUCUCGCCCAAGUYGAGUGUGCUGGGGUCUCGAGUGCCCAAGAAUCUCUAGCCACAGUCUGACGUGUGCUUCUACACCACUGCUCAACAGCCCAGUGCUCCCAGUGUGGCUGCCAUGGUACAAAGUCACUGCCAGUUGUUCCCCCACCAUUAGGAUAAUCCAGACAGCUGGGCACAGACACCACUGUUGCCAGGAACUGUUCAUGUGAAAAAUCAGGGAUGCUCUUCUCCAGUGUAAUGAUGUAUAAUGUCACAGAGCUGGAACUUCUGCCCUCCUUCACCUUCUUCCCUGCCCCCAUAUCUCAGGAAGAGGUGAAAUUUGGAACUAGGUGAUGUACUAGAUUUYUGCCUCUGAACAGGCUGGCACAUCUUUUGUCUAGCCUUCCCCAAAAAAUAGGGACCCCAGAACACUUGUGUCCAGAGUGGCAUAUUGCAAAUUGUUCCCAACACACCAUGGUCUGCAGGAAGAGGAUGUGGCUGUGGWGUAAAAAAAGCAGAACAUAAUCACUAGUGUGAAAUGGAAAGAAGAAAUGUGGUUGUUUCUACCUGCUUAGAGCCAGUUUUGUUUGUUGUAGUUUGUUUCCAGAUUACUUUGGUAACCCUCUCUGUACCUCAGAUUCAGGUGUUGAGGAAAGAGGUUACUAGUGCUUAACUUUGUGUAACUACAAUGGGAGUUGACUGCCAGCAGAGUUGGGAGAAGGUCUGAGAUAUUCUAAAAUGAGAAUCAGUUGGUACUGGUGGAGUCCUAGACCUGAGUGUUAGGGAACAAACUUCUUGUUAUAUAAACCAUAUAUUAUAUGGUUUCUAACUCAGCUGUUGACACUAAGAAAUCUGUCUUUUUUUUUUCCACAUUCCUUAAAUUGCAUCUCAAGGUUCUUGCACCUGGCAAACUAGCACCCUAUUUUUGAAGUUUAACGCUUCUWUUUUUUUUGUCAAGGAAACAAUUUGCAGUUGUGGGUGCUGACAGCAAAACACUUMUUUUCCAAGCAUUUUUUUCUUUCCUUGUUAUUGGUGCAGACUAUUACUGCUAUCACAGGGCCACUGUAAAUAUAUUUCAGAUAUCUUAAUCACUGAUACUUCACAAUAGUUAACCCCAAAUAGGCUCUUGGGUGAAAUGUGAGCUGCUAACAGCUCUCAUUAGUGCUACACUGUUUYGUGUGCAGCAUAGUGAUAGGUUUAGUGAGGACCUUGUGCAGGGGCAUCUUGUAUUGCCACCUUUUUUAAAAUGGAUGUGUCACUGCAUUCAGGGGAAAGCCUCUCUGGCAAUGUCUGAAGGACCUCAGGAUGAGCCCUGUCCUCAGAUGGCCCAGGUUUCAGGGCCGUCACAGCCAUAAGAUAUUCUUGGUAAACUGAAGUGCAGGGUCGUUCAACUACAAGGGCCCAGCAGGAGCUGUGAGAAGCAGCUUGUUGUCCAGCUCACAGGGAGUUUAGAUUUCAGGUAGGAGCUGUGGCGGCAGGAACUGCAGGGUCUCAUGACUCACUUCCCAUCUUCAGCUGGUCCUGCUGUUGGGGACAAGACUUAUCUGUGAGAUAUUGCCACAGUUCUUGACUMCCAGUUCCACUGAAUUCAGAAUUGAGCAAAACCUCUUACCUUCAUCUUUUUUUCUAGCUGAAAACAGAACAAUAGURUUGCUCAUUUCCUCCUCCUCUCUGCAUUGAAGCCAUUAUCUUAUUCAGCAGAAAAAAGCCUAUGACAGGAGAGCUUCCUGAAAUAGGAAUGUUUUUUUCCUCCAAAUUUUAAUUAAACAGAGAAUUCAUAUGCUAAAUUGUAAUUGAACAGAGGAGCUAUGUGCUCUGUAAUGGGCUCAAAGAGUGCACAGAGCCCUUUGUAGUUAACUCAUCAGGUUUUCUGUGUGUUGAAAGGCACAGAGAAAGGUUCUUAAAUUAAUUUGUAAGACUUUAUUUUAGAUCCUGGCUCAAGAGCAGACUAUGAGUACCAAGGCAUAAUUGCAUAGUAAAAAAAAAAAAAAUUGCUGUUCUUUUAAAGUCUCUGAAAAAGUGUCUGCCUUUUCCAUGGACUCAAAUUACUGGAUGAGGUUCUGAGUCUGUAUUCCUGCACAGAUAUCAAAUGCUUGGGAUGCUGAUCUGUGAAGAACUAAGUCUGGCACCACAGGAGAAAUCCCAGCAGCAACUGUCUGCUUCAGAUUGUUGAGCGUGUUGUAGUACUCAGUGUAAGGUAUGCUGCUGAAGCUGAGCUCUUAACCUAGCAAUAACUGCUGUGAGGGUAACAGGAUCCUGAAAUCAGGUUCUGCCAAGAAAAUUAAGGUAAAACUUAUUAUCUAUAAAGCUUGGCUUUAUAAAACCUCAGAUUUCUCACAAGGGAUAGUGUUGUUCAGCUGCUGUGCUCAACAGGGAAGGUGACUCAGGACCUCCCUUUUUGCGUUGCCCAGUGUUUCUGUUCCUCUCCUGAGCUGUGCCAGACCCCAAGACCGGCCCCACAAAUACCCRCCCACUGAAGCAGGGAUGCUGCAGCCACAGCAGCACACUGCAAGAGCCCUGCCUGUCACUACACACCAGAGGAUAACCUUCACCCCUCUGCCCCUUUCUGCACAGGGACCCCCAUCAGCGUCAGGGAAGGCAGGUGAAGUGCACAAGUGUGACAGCUGAAGUCAGACCCACGGGGCAGUGACCAAGAACCUCAGAAACCAACUCCAGGCACUGGGGCUGCUCUUCAGGGCAGCAGGAGGGACAAAAUGGUGWUGUUCAUGUGCAGUGUUUGUUCGUGCCUGAAACUUGGGAAGGCGGUUUUCCCCUGCAAAGGGAGAGCAUGGGAGUGUCCACAGGGCCAUUGCAGCUGCAAGAGAUGUCUGCUAUGUCUGCCUCUUGCUCUGCCUGUCUCUGGUAAGGACACUCUAGCCCAGCUUGCCGGGGCUCUCCCUUUCUCUCUGGCAAGAACAGCCUGUCAGCCUCCCCUGCCCUGGAUUUGGGGGACAGCAGCCAGCCAGCCAUGCUGAGGAGCCCUAAACCAGCUCUGGCUGGGAUCAGGCAGGAACUGCAGGCUGUAGUGUCUCCCAGGUCAGCUCCUUUCCCCCUUCCCAGCAGAAAGACCCCUUCUUUCACCCUGUGCUGUGAUUUUAGUAGUGCUAGUCCUUCUCGGUGAAAAACAACUUCUGUUUACUGGCAUGUGCCUGUGUCUGCAUUAAUCUCUUUUUCUUGUACAUCUCCGUGCAACUGUGCCUURUCUGUUCUGUGUCCAUGCUGUC